CUGCUGCGAGUCGGCGGCUCCGGGAUGUGAGGCGCUGCCCCGCUCCGUGAAGCCGCUGCCUUUUCCCCGUCAGCCCGGGUCCCGCGGAGAAAGUGUCGGCGGCGGCGGAUUUAAAGCGAUUGGCUGAAGAGAGGAAACUGGAGAAACAUUGGCAUUAUGGAUUCGAUGCGGAAAGUAGCAGUUGAGCACCGAGCUGUUUCCCAGUGGCUUCACGUGAUGAUGGGAUUCCUAGUUGGAUGGUCCGUGGCAGGGUCCAGUGAGCCUCUGGUUCUUCACAUCGAUGAAGAACAACCACCUUACAGUAUCGUCGGUGACAUAAAUGCAGGUCUUCCCCCCGGCCACAUCACUAGCAGUUUCUUCACACACGAGACCGAUGGCUCGGGCAUGUCCACCGACCUCAUCAUUGAUGAAAUGACGGGAAUUAUUAAGACAGCCAGGGUACUGGAUCGUGAGGCCAGGGAUAAGUACCGAUUUGUUGCGGUGAAUUUAGGAGGUGAUACAGUUGAAGUGGUGAUAUUAGUCAAUGAUAUAAACGACAAUGCUCCUGUCUUUCCCAGCAGUCAGAUGCGACUGAAAAUAUCGGAGCAGACACCUGUGGGAACUCGGUUUCGCUUGGACUCGGCUAUCGAUGCCGAUAGAGGCCAGUUUAGCACGCAGGGAUAUUUCAUACACAGUGGAAAUGUAGGGCAGUCCUUUAGGCUGGAAACUAAAAGACUGACUGAGACACUGGACUUGGAGCUGGUGGUCAACAGUCCCCUGGACAGGGAAGAGAGAUCCACCUACACUCUGGUGGUUGAAGCCUUUGAUGGUGGAACUCCUCGAAAAACAAGUCAGAUGACUUUGUACGUCUCCAUUUUGGACGUCAAUGACAAUGCUCCACUAUUUAAUCAGACUCGAUACCAUGCUAUAAUCUCAGAGAGUCUACAGCCCGGCAGUAGAUUUCUCCAGGUCUUUGCCAUAGAUGCAGAUGAAGGAAAUAAUGCAGUGGUUAUUUAUGAGAUCAACAGGAGGCAGAGUGAUCCUAACCAGUACUUUGCCAUUGACUCCAAGACCGGUAUCAUCAAAUUAAACAAAGGAUUGGAUUAUGAAAUGAAGAAAGUUCAUGAGCUGGUGGUCCAAGCUCGAGACAAUGCUACACAUCCCGAAAUAACGACGGCAUUUGUUACAGUUCAGGUCAAGGAUUAUAAUGAUAACCAGCCCACUCUCACCAUCAUCUUUCUCAGUGAAGAUGGUUCACCUCACAUAUCUGAGGGAGCUCAACCUGGUCAAUUUGUGGCCAGGAUCUCUGUAUCUGAUCCUGAUUAUGGAGAAUAUGCCAAAGUCAAUGUAUCCUUGGAUGGUGGUGAUGGUAAAUUUGGACUAACUACCAAGGAUAAUAUUAUUUAUUUAAUUUGUGUGGACCAGAUGUUAGACAGAGAGGAGAAAGAUAGUUAUCAGCUGAGUGUUACAGCCACUGAUUCUGGAACACCGCCUCUCAGAGCUGAAUCAACCUUUACCAUUCAUGUCACUGAUGUUAAUGACAACCCACCAGUCUUUGAUCAUUCAAGGUAUAAGCAAUCCAUUCCAGAGGUUCUAUACCCUGGAAGCUUUGUGCUACAAGUAACGGCCAGAGAUAAAGACGACGGCAUUAAUGGUGAUAUUGUUUAUGGAAUUGUCAACAACCCAGAGUCUCACUCCGAGUGGUUCACCAUUGAUCAAGUCACUGGAGUUAUCACCACAGCUGCAACUUUGGACUACGAAACCGACCCCGCUCCCACAUUGACCGUGUUGGCCACUGAUCGUGGACACAAGCCUCUGUCUUCCUCUGUGACUGUCACUAUAGCGAUCCAGGAUGUUAACGAUAAUGAGCCUGUGUUCAGCAGAAAUUUCUAUAAUACUUCAAUCAAGGAAAACGAACCCCCUGGAACCUGCUUUCUCCAGAUCUCAGCCACAGACGCUGACAGCGGCAGCUUCGGAACUGUCACCUACUCCAUUGGAUCUGGCAUUGGGCGCCUACCACCCAAUCAGUUCACCAUUGACCAGCACACCGGUCAAAUCUGUACCAGCGGCGCCUUGGACCGGGACGAGGAACCCGACCACUACGAGUUCACGGUGACGGCUGUGGACGGGGGCGGUCUGAACUCCAUGGCCUACGUGAAGGUUUACGUGGAGGACAUCAAUGACAACCGGCCCGUGUUCUACCCGCUGCAGUACGCGGCCAGUCUCAGCAGCCAGAGCCGGCCGGGCACCGUGGUGCUCACAGUCCUUGCCUACGACAAGGAUGGCGGGAGGAACGGCAAACUGACGUAUCGUAUCGUCACAGGAAACAAGCUCGCCCUGUUCACCCUCAACAGGGGCACCGGAGUGAUUUCACUUGCAUCGUCGCUGCGCUCUGGAGGAGACUCGGUCCAGCGCUUGGUCAUCUCUGCCCAGGACACUGGUGGCCUCACCUCUCUGGUCAACGCUGUGGUCAACAUCAGCAUCGUGUCUGGCUCCAUCUCACCGCCCAUCUUCGAGCAGGACCAGUACUUCCUGACGGUGGCUGAGGACACGCGUGGCGGCACUCCCAUCGGCCGAGUCAGUGCCCUCAAUUCCCCAGGUCAUUCUGACUCCGUCUUCUAUACCACCAUCUCGUCUGGUGACCCCAACGGCUACUUUGCCGUUGACCUGGGCACGGGAGUGAUUCGGACAAAGGCCCCGCUGGAUCACGAGUCUGAUGCGGUUGUGACGUUGGACAUUCAGGCUCACAGCGGCUCCCCGCCGGCCUAUAGCGGCACUAAGGUCAAGAUCACCGUCUCUGACAUCAAUGACAACAAGCCAACGUUCCCAACCUCCUCCGAGUCUAUCCUUGUCCCUGAGAACACGCAGCUCGGAUCAGUCAUCUACUCGGCCAGUGCUGAGGACAAGGACAGUGGGGCCAACGGUCAGGUUCAGUACGACCUCGUGACCGGAUCACAACGGACCUUCAGCAUUGACCGCACGUCUGGGCAGCUCCGUCUGAUUGGGUCUUUGAGCUACGAGACCGCAGCUCGCUACAACUUGGAGAUGGUGGCCAAGGACAGCGGAGCUCCUCAGCUCAGCUCAACCUUCACCCUGCUCAUUCACGUGCAGGACGAGAGUGACACUGCCCCUAUCUUUGACACUUUGACCUACAGGGUAGAGGUCAAGGAAGGGACCCCGGUCAACCGGCGAUUCCUCCAGGUGCGGGCUUUAAGCCAGGACACAAAGGGCAGCCACGUCACGUACCACCUGCGGCCCGAUGAGGACUCGGCCAGUUUCGGCAUCGUUUCUGAGAGCGGAUGGCUGUUUGUGAAGAGCGCUCUGGACCGGGAGGACAGAGACCACUUCAGCCUCACGGUGGUGGCGUCCAGCGUCGAGGGGGAGCACACCAAGACCGGGACCGCCAUGGUCCGCAUCUCCAUCACCGACGAGAACGACAACACGCCCACACUGAGCGAGGAUCGCUACUUCUUCACCGCGCAGGAGAACGUGCCGGCGGCGGCGUCCACCAUCGGCCGUGUCCUGGCAACUGACCGGGAUCAGGGUCUGAACAGCAAACUGACCUACAGGCUGCAGCCUCCACACGCCAACUUCCGUAUCAACCCACAGACCGGUGAGAUGAGCUCGGUGGUGACCUUUGACCGAGAGGUCCAGGCCAGUUACCAGCUGACGGUGGAGGUUCAGGAUGGAGGUGCUCCACCACGCAGUGUCACCGCCUCUGUGUACGUGAUGGUCCUGGAUGAGAACGACAACUCUCCCGUCUUCACCAACGUGCCAGCGGGGGAGGAGCUCGUUCUGCAGAUUUUUGAAGGAAACUUAUCUGGAAAUCUAGUGACUACCCUACAGGCCAAGGAUGCGGACGAGGGGGAAAACGGGACAGUGGUCUUCUCCCUCUCAGGAUCCUGGGCCCAGCAGUUCUCUCUCCAGCCGGUGACUGGUGAACUGCGAUCAGCCACCAUUCUGCGGCAGCGCGACCGGCACGAGUACGAGUUACUGGUCCUGGCUCAUGACCGUGGGCACCCUCCACAGACCACCGCCCUCACCGUGCGUGUCCAGGUGCUGGCCUCCCCAGGUAAAGUGCCACAGCUGGACAGCAGUUCCAUCACCUUCUGGUCCACCGAGGGAACGGCCCCCGGUUCGGUCAUCGGGUCAGUGGCCUCGGGCCAGCGGUCAUCAGCUGCGGACGGAGAGGUGACGUACACGGUGGUGGGGGGCACGGAUCGAGACGGCCGCUUCCUGGUGGACAGGCUGGGGGGGGAGGUGUAUGUGGCCCAACAACUGGACUAUGAGUCUGGGUCCCACUACCAGCUGGAGGUGGCCGUGGACAGUGUCCGCAGCGGCCUGCCACACCGCUCCAUCAUCCUGCUGGACAUCAACAUCCAGGACUCCAACGAGCACCCACCCCUCUUCCCCGAAGACCCCAUCACCAUCGUCAUCAAUGAGAACGUGCCAACCGGAUCCUCCAUCUACAGCUUCCAUGCCCUGGACCAGGAUGGGAGUGGUCCCAACAGUGAGGUGCGUUACACCUUGCUGACCCAAUCUCCCCCAGACCCCCAGCUCCAGCUCCACCCCGUCACUGGGGUGCUGGCUGCGGCCGACACCAUUGACCGGGAGACCACUGCCACGUUGCUGUUGGUGGUGCAGGCUACCGACCAGGCCCUCAACGCCAGCCAGCGCAAGUCAUCGGCGGCCACUGUCCGCGUCUUUGUGACCGACGAGAACGACAACAGCCCCCAGUUCCUGUCGCCGCCCACGGUCAGCGUCCUGGAGAACCAGCCGGCGGGAUCGGUCAUCGGUCAUCUGGUCGCUCAGGACGCCGACCUGGGAGAGAACGGCCGGGUCACCUACCGCAUCACGUCCGGUCGCGGACACUCACACUUCCACCUCAACCCAGACACAGGGGCGCUGACCACCCUUGACAUUCUGGAUUGUGAGGAGCAGAACCAGUUCAAUCUCACUGUGGAGGUGUCUGAUCACGGAGUGCCCAGCCGCAAAACCAGCCAGUCUCUGCAGGUCCAGGUCAUCGAUGUCAACGACCAGAUCCCCACCUUUGACCAGACAACAUACGACGUGGGGGUCACGGAGAACCAGUCCCCGGGCAGUCCUGUUCUUCAGCUGCAAGCGAUCGACAGAGAUGAAGGUUCCAACGGGCUGGUCACGUAUGGGGCCGUGCAGGACGACAGCUUCUCCAUUGACCCGGUGUCGGGGAUGAUCAGCAGCAGAGGUGCCCUGGACAGAGAGCUGCAGUCCAUCCACCUGCUCACAGUUUACGCUCAAGACGGUGGAAUUCCCCCUAACGUUGCCACGGCGACAGUUUGCAUCAGGAUCGAGGAUGAGAAUGACAAUGUGCCGCAGUUUGACAAGGAGGUUUAUCAACUCCAGGUCCCAGAAAACCAGCCUCGGGUGAUCCUGUUCACAGUCAAGGCCACGGACAAAGAUUCCGGUGAAAAUGGCCGUGUGGAAUAUGGGAUCGUUGGGGGUGAUGACCAUGGCCACUUCAGCAUCGACAGAGACAGUGGGAUAUUGUCCACAACUGCUGGUCUGGACAGGGAGGCCACUGUCCUCUACACCUUGACCAUCGCAGCGUGGGAUCAGGGUGAGCCACAACACAGCAGCUCAGUGUCUGUCUUUAUCCACGUGUUGGACAUGAACGAUAACUCACCCACAUUCCCGGAGCCCAGCUACAUGGCGGAGGUGGGAGAGGACAGUGUGGUGGGCACUCUGGUGUUGCAGGUGUCUGCUGUGGACAGGGACGCGGGGUCUAAUGGGCAGGUGUUCUACUACCUGAGCAGCGACUCGCUGGGCAUGUUCAGUGUGGACACGGUGGGCAGAGUGACCACAGCCCAGCCCCUAGACCGGGAGAAGGAAGACAUCUACACGUUCCUGGUGCGAGCGGUGGACUCGGCACCCUCUGACCCCCGCAGCUCCACCACCAGGCUAGAGGUCAUCGUGAAGGACGUCAACGACAACUCUCCACACUUCCUUGUUGACCCGCUGGUGGUCAAUAUCUCCAAACACACACCUGUCCACCAGGUAGUGGCCACCAUGAAGGCCGAGGACAAGGACUUUGGAGCCAACGCCUCCAUCUUUUACCGCUUUGCCAAGGUGGUGGCGGGCUUCAGCAUCAACUCCUUCACCGGGGAGAUCCGGCUCUUGUCGGUGCUCGGCCCCAUGACCCAGAGGGAACGCACGUUGUUGGUGGUGGCGACUGACCAGGGAACGCCCGCUCGCUCCACCACCGGCGUGGUCAACAUACACCUGCGGGAGCAGCCGGACCUCGGCAUUCGCUUCCGCCGAAGCCUCGCCGACGUUGCAGUAGCCGAGAACACGGCACCAGGCACGUCUGUGAUCCGGGUCCAAGCCCAGCACCCGAACGGCUCCAACAAAGGAAUCAUGUACAGCAUCUUCAGUGGGAACGAGCGAGGGACAUUCACCAUCCGCUCCCACACCGGCGACAUCUCCAUUAAGAGCGCGGCUGGACUGGACUUUGAGGAGGGGGCGCGCCGACGCCUGGUCAUUAUGGCUGAAACCUCGUCGUCUGCCGUCUUCACCUCCGUCACGCUGGUCCUCCAGGACAUCAACGACAACCUGCCCCUCUUCCAGCAGCAGAACUACGUGGCCUUCAUCUGGGAGGCCCAGGGUUACAGCACGCCCAUCAUGCAGGUGUUGGCCAGUGACGUGGACCAGGGUCAGAAUGGUCAGGUGACCUACUCCAUCGCUGCCUCUCCCCAGAGCGAACUCUUCCACAUCAACCCGCUGACCGGAGACAUCAGCACUGCGGCCAUCAUGGACAGGGAGAUCUGGCCAAAGACACAGCUGCGUCUGACGGCCACUGACCGUGGAUAUCCGCGGCUGGUGGGUUCGGCCACUCUGACCAUCGUCGUGCUCGACCUCAACGACAACAGCCCCACUAUCCCCCUGCCCCAGGAGGUGCGAGUCUCCGAAAACGCAGUGAUUGGCCGGGAGAUCACCAAGGUGACGGGCAACGACGUGGACUCGGGGCCCGUGUUGACCUACACGCUACUGACCGAGACCCACGUCUUCAGCAUCAAUCGCUACCACGGCCUGGUCUCGCUGGCAGCCGCACUGGACUUUGAGCAGCAAUCCUGGUACCUGCUCACCGUCCGCACAUCAGACUCCAAGCACAGCACCGAGGCCAACAUCACCAUACAUGUAGAGGACGUCAAUGACAACCCUCCACUCUUCAUGCAGGACCUGUACCAGGUGUUGGUGUCAGAGUUCACGCCCCCGGGGACAAGCAUUGUCACCGUCACGGCCACUGACCGGGACUCUGGAGCCAACGGCCAGGUCCACUAUCGCCUGUUGGACCCCGAGGACGGUCUGUUUAACAUCGACCCCCACAACGGGACCCUGUUCACGGUGCAGCCGCUGGUGGCCGGGGUGUCGGGCUCGUUGUCCGUGUUGGUGGAGGCGCGGGACCGGGGCUCUCCGGCCCUCAGUUCCCGGGCCAAGGUGUGGGUGCAGCUGCUGGAUGUGAACGACCACAGCCCGGUGUUCGGGCAGCGCGAGUACCGGGCCGAGGAACCGGAGGACUUGCGGCCGGGCAGCACGGUGCUGAGCUUCGAGGCGACAGAUGCGGACUGGGGCCCGGACAACGGCGGCGUGGACUACACCAUCGUCAGCGGCAACACCGCAAAUGCCUUCCAGGUGCAGAGCGGACUGCGGCGCGGCGCUGGCGGCCGUGCAUGGCGGACACUCGGCCGCCUGGUACUAGCCCAGCGCCUGGACUUCGAGACGGUCGCCGCCUAUAACCUGACCAUCGCCGCGUCUGACCGCGGGGUUCCCCGGCGCAGCUCCACCGCCCUGGCGCUCGUCACCGUCCGCGACGUGAACGACAACCCGCCAGUGUUCGCGCGCUCCCGCUACGAGGUGACGGUGAGCGAGGCGGCGGCCGUGGGCGGCGAGUUGGCACGAGUGUGGGCGAGUGACCGGGACACGGGCACGGCGCUGCGUUACUCCAUCAGCUCGGGAGACGCGGCCGGACAGUUCGCGGUGGACGAGCGGAGCGGGGUCGUGCGCCUGGUGCGCGCUCUUGACCUGGAGCUGCAGCAGCGGCAUCUGCUGAUCGUGCAGGCCCGUGACGGGCACGAGCCCGGCGCGCACGUCGCCCUGGUGCCGCUGGCCGUGCGCGUGACCGACGUCAACGACAACCGGCCGCUCUUCCCGGUGCCGCGCCUGAGCGCGAGCGUGCGCGAGAACCUGCCGGCGGGGACACUCGUGAUCGCGCUGCGCGCCACCGACCGCGACCGCGGCGCCUUCGGGAAGCUGCGUUACUCGCUGGUCGGGCGCACGGAGCCGAGUGCAGCCCCACCUCCCCUGUCACUACACCCCGGUACCGGGGAGCUCCGGACCACUCGGCCCCUCGACCUGGAGAGGCGCGCGGCCGUGCAGGUGGUGGCGCGCGCGCUGGACGCCGGCAACGCUUCGGCCACGGUGACGGUCACGGUGCUGGUGACGGGCGAGGACGAGUACGACCCGGUCUUCAGCCAAGCCGCCUACUCCUUCGCCGUGCCCGGGGACGCGCGCCGCGGCCACGCUAUCGGGCGCGUGCACGCGACGGACGAGGACCGGGGGCUGGACGGCGCCGUCGUCUACUCGCUGCUCGCGCCGUCCCGCCACUUCGCCGUCAACCGGAGCACCGGCGAGUUGCUGCUGCGCGUGGACGGCGCGGGACCGCGCGAAGUGCGCGCCACCCGGGAGCCGCGGACCAUCACCCUGACCAUCGCGGCGCGUGGCCCGCUGGCGGACGCGCGCUCGGCCCAGACUGAGGCCACGGUCGAUGUGUCGCUCACGUCCAUCGGGCUCGCCCCCGAGGUGAACCCGCUGCUCGUGGCCGCGCUUGCUGCGUCGCUGGGGGUCGGCGCGAUGCUGGCGGUGGUCGGGCUCGCGCUCGUCAUCGUGCGCGCGCGUAGGAAGCGCGGCCUCGAGGCGGAGGCGGAGGCGCUGCAGGACAAGGCGCGCGCGGCCGAGAGCUCGCUCCCGCCCGCCGACCGCAUCUACCACCAGACGCUGCCCGGGUACACGGGCGCGCCCACGCUGGUGGCAGGCGCGUACCCGCGCGGGGACUCGGUCGACCCGUCGCACUCGAGCGGCCGCGGCUCCGCCGAAGCAGCCGAGGACGAUGAGAUCCGCAUGAUCAACGAGUUCCCGCGCCUGGGAAGCGCGCUCCCGGAGCGCGUGUCCGCGCGCGGCCCCGACUCGGGCAUCCAGCGCGACGCCGACCAGAUGUCGGACACGUCCACCGAGCCCGCGUCCGAUUGGCUGAAGCCGGGCAAGGCACCGUGCGCGCUCACGCCAGCCCCUGGCGGCGCGCUCCCGGGCACCGGGAUCCGGGACUGCGCGUUCCCGGAGGACGGGCGUCCGGCGGCGCGCGGCUCGCUCACGGCCAUCGUGGCGAGUGACGAGGAGUUGCGGGGCAGCUACAACUGGGACUAUUUGUUGAACUGGUGCCCGCAGUUCCAGCCACUCGCCAGCGUCUUCACCGAGAUCGCGCGUCUCAAGGACGAGAGCGCACCCCGUAAAGCGGCGACCAGACCGGGCGCGGACCCACGACCUUGCAUCGACCCCCCGCCACUCAUCACCGCCGUCGCCCACCCCAGUGCCAUGUCGGUGCCGCCGCGACUGGCCGUCGGCCGCGGGCUCGGAGCCACUCUGCCCCGCUCGCCCAUCACCAGCGACACUUCCAUCGCCUCGGCCGCCAUGUCGCCCAGUUUCUCCCCGUCCCUGUCGCCGCUCGCCGCACGAUCGCCCGUAGUCUCCCCCUUCGACGUGUCCCAGGCGCCGCCCGCCUCCCUCCUCAGCACCGACACCUCGCUCGACAGCCCCGAGGAACCGGAGCUCCGCAUCUGAGG